AUGGAUCCUAACAAAGCCGCAGACCAAGCUCCUUCCGGGGAAACGAAGCCAUCAGAUUCCAAAACACACGAUGCGAAAUCCGAGAGGAAUGAACCGGCCGGAGGCUACGAUGCCACUCCGAUCUCUCGUGCGCCACCAGGAUAUACCGUCAAGUUUACCUUCCACUCUGCCCACAAUCUUCCCAUGGCCGAUAUCAACGCCCUAUCCUCCGACCCGUUCAUCGUUGCUCAGCUAAACACUGCGCUUAUCCCGCGACAUAAAGAAGACCCGCCGUUGCGCCGGCGGACCCGCACUAUUCGCAAAGAACUCGACCCGGUUUGGGAGGAGACAUGGACGGUCGCGAAUGUCCCCGCGACCGGAUUCAAAUUGAAAUGUCGAAUCUACGAUGAAGACCCAGCCGAUCAUGAUGAUCGGCUUGGGAACGCCCAUAUCAAUGUCCCUCGGCUGGACGAGAACUGGUCUGGGAUUCAACGACAUCGAUACAAGAUCAAGAAGCGCAUGGGCAGCCGCCGCGCAUAUUUCGUACGCUUUCUCGCGGUUUGCUUCGGCAUAACGAAGCAUAUAAAUGGCGAGCUUGAAGUCUCCGUCGAGGUGUUGGGUCGAACGGGCGAGGCAGAAGGCGUGGGGGAAAACGAAGGGGGGAGAGCUUUCACGAUUGGACCUUGCUGGUGGACGAAGCACUACAGUCCGAUGCUGGGCAGGCUGGUCGGCCAAAAAGUCGAAGUUGGUUCGGAACACGAUGAGGAGAAGUCGUCGUCAAAGAAGGGGCGGAAAACCACUACAUACAAUUUCCAGGCAAAUCGGUUCCAACUCCAAGGACCUGUGCCUGCCGAACUCUAUCACCGAUACGUAGAGUUCAAACCGUUUGUCAAGUCCAUGUUCACGGCGAAGGGCAUCCGAGGAUUUAUCUUAUCUAAGACCCUUCACCACCAACACGCCCGAGUAUAUAAUUUCGACCGGUCCACCAUGUAUGGAACAUUCGAUCAUCCAUGCGAGGAUCUGACCCGUCAAUUUUUGGAUGCCGCUCAUUAUGACCGUGGAGGUCGGAUAUUCACUUACGUCAUCUCGCUGGAUGGAACGAUAAGCUUCACCGAGACCGGAAAGGAAUUUGGGGUGGACAUGCUCUCCAAACAUACGCUACACAGCAACGUCUCAGUAUACGUGGCCUGGGCAGGGGAGUUUUUCAUCCGUCGUCGCCGGCGCGGACGCCUGUCACUUCAACCCAACCCAACGAGUGGGGAUGCAUCCGAUGCCAAUCUUGACCGAAUUGACAAUGAUCAACAACCUUCCAACUCCCCACCCGCAUCGCCUAUUUCAUCCCCCGAGCAAUCUGGACACAAAGAUUUAUCGCACGUAGACCCGAGUGCUUACGAACUCGUCAUUGACAAUGACUCUGGUACAUACCGGCCGAAUGCCAAGCUUCUGCCGAAGCUCCAGGCUUUCCUCGAGAGCAACUUCCUCGGUCUUGCUGUGAAAGUUCUGGACUGCCAAGGUGAUGAAGAAGAGAUGAGCCGCCUGAAGGAGCGGCAACGCGAGAAGAAGAAAGAGUCGCAAGGCGAAAAGCGGAUGGUUUACAUGCAGCGUCGCAGCGAUUCAUUCUCAAGCAGCGACGAAGACGAGUUGGAUGCGCUAGCGGCGGCUGCUGGGGGUGACGGUGGAGGGGGCACGCUUCUGAAGAGCUUGAAAAGGGAUGUUGGGGACCGUAAGAACGCAAGGACGGAAAGGAUGAAGAGGAAAUGGAUCCGACAUCACGAUCAAACGGGCCAAGCCAGUGCUAAUCCGUCUGCGGUGGUAGGUGAAAAGCAGGACCAACCCGAGCAGGGGUAA